AUGAGCGAAUCAGGACUGAAAUCAGUGGUCGACACAAAGGAAACCGAAAAAGUCACAAAACCUGUUUCGUCGUCCAAUACCGAAAAAAUCCUUUCGGAUGCAUCCGCAAAUGAAAAUGUGAGUCUUACAAAAAGUACGGAAUCACCGGAAAAAACACUUCCGGCAAGCCGAGACGAGAAGAAAGAGUUGCUAGCUCGUCUAGCUCAGUUAGACGAAAAACAGAAAAGAUUACAAGAACAGAGAGAAUUAGAAAAUUUGAGAAAACAGAUAAUAGAAAGAGAAGCCUACAUACAAGACCUAGAAAAGUCGGUAAACGUAGAAACAGUGACAACACCAUUAAAAUCGACUACCUCCACAACUGGCACAAGAAAAUCUUCACGAGGUAAAUCCGAAUCAUCUACAAUCAAUGCAGGAGCCAGACCCAAAUCGACCAGCAUUCCACAGACAACAACGACCAACGUUAUUGAGGUGACACCCAAGAACAAAAAAUCUCGAUUGGCAGCAUCACUGAAUUUCCCAGCAGAUCAACCUACAGAUCAUUCAGGUACGAUUAACAUUGAAACAUUACGCAAAUUACCAGGCCUAAGAAAAAAGGCAAAGAAACAAUUGGCAGAACUUGAUCUAUUUAGUUCGUCAGAUUCUGACUCUAGUACAGAUUCAUCAGAUGAUUCCUCUGAUUCCUCUUCCUCUUCAGAGGAUGAAAUAUUUGAUAGUUCGAGCAAAUCAAAAAAGAAAUAA